UUACCCAAUUAGUUAAUCAACAUGGAUUAGGUUUUUAUCAAGUUUCAUGUGAUAUUUAUCUUGGAAAAGAAAAUAAAUUUAUUUUCUUAGUGUUCUGGUAGUAAUAUUUAAGUAAACAGUGUCUGCUUGCCUUAUCUUUAAUUAAUAAAAAAUUGCAAUUCUUGUUGCCUUGUAUCCUUGAGAUUCUAACCUUCCAUUUUUAUUUGUCAAGCUGCAAUUUUCCCAAUGGAAAUUGGCACCACUCUACCCUUAAAAUGGCUGAUCUCUGCUUUUAGUCCUUAGGUUUUUUAUAGCAUAUUGCAAUUUUUUAAUGGUGAAUAGUUAUCUAAUGCCUAGGCUUCUUAAUUUUAAUCAUUUGAUUAUCUCUUCUGCUUCUGUCUCCCACAUGUAUUCUUUAAUUUUAAAAGUUAUAAUUUAUAAAUAUAUAUAUCACACCAUCUCCUGUGUUGGGAAAUGUGUUUUUGCCAUCUUUAUCUACAAAGUAAGAGACCUUAAUUACUCUGCUUUAGUUGUUGAUACAGCUUUAGGAGCAGCAAAUAAAACAUGAAUGCAUUAGCAGCAACCAAUAGAAACUUUAAGCUGGCAGCUAGGCUGCUGGGGCUUGACUCCAAGCUUGAGAAGAGUUUGAUUAUUCCAUUCAGAGAAAUCAAGGUUGAAUGCACCAUACCCAAAGAUGAUGGGACUUUGGCAUCUUUUGUUGGGUUCAGGGUCCAGCAUGAUAAUGCUAGAGGACCAAUGAAGGGUGGAAUUAGAUAUCACCCAGAGGUUGAUCCAGAUGAGGUGAAUGCAUUAGCUCAACUCAUGACAUGGAAGACAGCAGUAGCAAAUAUCCCAUAUGGUGGUGCUAAAGGUGGGAUAGGAUGUAAUCCAGGGGAGUUAAGCGUAUCUGAGCUAGAGCGACUUACAAGAGUUUUCACUCAAAAGAUCCAUGAUCUGAUUGGAAUUCACACUGAUGUUCCAGCUCCAGAUAUGGGAACUGGACCCCAGACAAUGGCAUGGAUACUAGACGAAUACUCCAAAUUCCAUGGCUAUUCACCUGCAAUUGUGACUGGAAAACCUACUGAUCUGGGUGGAUCUCUAGGCAGAGAUGCUGCCACUGGGAGAGGAGUCCUCUUUGCAACUGAAGCUUUGCUUAAUGAGCAUGGCAAGUCCAUAUCUGGACAACGAUUUGUCAUACAGGGUUUUGGUAAUGUGGGUUCCUGGGCUGCCCAACUGAUCAGUGAACAAGGUGGGAAGAUUGUUGCUGUAAGCGAUGUCACUGGAGCUAUAAAGAACAAAAAUGGUAUUGAUAUUCCAAGCCUACUCAAACAUGCCCGUGAACGCAAGGGUGUGAAAGGAUUUCAUGGUGGGGAUCCCAUAGAUCCCAAGUCAGUAUUAGUUGAGGACUGUGAUAUUCUCAUCCCAGCAGCUCUUGGCGGUGUCAUCAACAGGGAAAAUGCAAAUGAAAUAAAAGCCAACAUCAUUGUUGAAGCUGCCAAUCAUCCAACUGAUCCGGAGGCCGAUGAGAUUUUAUCAAAAAAAGGAGUUGUUAUUCUUCCAGACAUAUAUGCAAACUCAGGAGGAGUUACUGUUAGCUACUUUGAGUGGGUGCAGAACAUCCAAGGAUUCAUGUGGGACGAGGAGAAAGUGAAUAAAGAGCUCAAGACUUACAUGACUAAAGGUUUCAAAGAUGUGAAGGAGAUGUGCAAGACCCACAAUUGCGAUCUUCGUAUGGGAGCCUUCACUCUUGGAGUUAAUCGCGUUGCUCGAGCAACUGUUCUUAGAGGUUGGGAGGCCUGAGAAUGCUGCUACUCUGAAAAAAAAAUGGAGGCUUCAACGUGGCUCCUAAUGCUUGUCCAGCAAUUUGGUAUUCCCUCGUGCUUGCUUGCUUGCUUGCAGGGGAAACUAUGACCAAGGUUUUUGCUAUAUGUAUUUUUUUUCCUUUUCCACCUGAGCUCUUACUCAUUAGGUGAUUCCCAUUGCUUGUAUUGUCAUUCAAAGAAUAGAGAGGGAUGCCUAUUCUACGGUUUAAAAGCAUUUGAAUUGCUUUGAUCAUAAUGAAUCUCGUCUAUUUUCAACUUAUAACUAAAAUGGUUGGACCUUUUAA